AUGGGCAAGGGUGGCAACGCGUCGACGACCAAGCCGGUCUCGGCGCCGACGGACUUCACGUGGGACACGAACGACGAGCCGCACGCGACGCGCCGCAAGCUCAUCUCGGCCAAGUACCCGCAGAUCAAGUCGCUCUUUGGGCCGUGCCCGCGCACCAAGUACCAGGUCGCAGUCGCCGUGAGCCUCCAGGUGGCCAUGACCUUUUACGUGCACGACAAGUCGUGGGCGACGUACGUGGCCGCGGCCUACGUCAUUGGCGGCACGAUCAACCACAUGAUGAUGCUGGCCAUGCACGAGCUCGCGCACAACCUCGGCUUCAAGAAGAUGCUGUACAACCGUCUGCUCUCGCUGCUCGCGAACGCGCCGCUGGGCGUGCCGGCCGCGAUUUCGUUCAAGCGCUACCACAUGGAGCACCACCGGUACCAGGGCGAGGACGGCGUCGACGUCGACAUCCCGACGGUCGCCGAAGGCAAGUUCUUCACGACGCGCUUCCGCAAGUUCCUCUUCGUGUGCUGCCAAUCGCUCUUUUACAGCUUGCGCCCGCUCCUUGUGAACCCGAAGGCGCCCGGUCUCUGGGAAUUCAUCAACUACGCGUCGUGCAUCGCCUUCAACAGCUUCAUCUACUACUUUUGCGGCUGGUCGGGCCUCUGCUACCUCUUCCUCAGCACGCUCCUCGGCGCGGGCCCGCACCCGUGCGCCGGUCAUUUCAUCUCGGAGCACUACGUCUUUGUCAAGGGUGCCGAGACGUACUCGUACUACGGCCCGCUCAACCUCCUCACGUUCAACGUCGGCUACCACAACGAGCACCACGACUUUCCGUUCGUGGCCGGCUCGCGCCUGCCGGAGGUGCGUGCGAUGGCGCCCGAGUUCUACGACACGCUGCCGCAGACGUCGUCGUGGAUCGGUGUCCUCUACGACUACAUCAUGGACGACUCGAUCAACGCGUACAGCCGCGUGAAGCGAAAGACGCUCACGGACGCGGAGAAGAACAAGCUCAAGAGCGAGUAA